AUUUUCGCUUCGCUUGUUUGCAUCGCAUGUGUGCGUUGUGUGUACGAGUCGAGUACAUUUUGCUAAUUUCACCUUGGUUCGCCUUGUCGACAACGAACAGUCGUUCGGUCUGUCUUUCUGUCAAUCGAUUGAACAGAAGACUGUGAGACGGUCGAACUUUCGGCUCAAGCAUUUAUGUUUGUGUGUACAUACCUUUUAUACAACCGCGAUAUACUUUCAUACAUACAUAUGUAUGCAUCGUAUUUAGUUAACUAUAAUUUAUGUAUAUCGCGCUGUAUAUUGCAGUUACUAAGUGCAAGAUGGUGUGGCGAGUUGCGACGAGACGAAAUGAGAAACGUCGCGACGACGCGUAACCAAUUGAAAACCAAAGCAACAGCAGCGGUAUCCGAGUAUCUUCUCUGCGUUCGUAACUGUCAGUGUUGGUCGCGCAGAGCGUUCAUCGUGACGUGUGUUUAAUCAUUUGAUCGACAGUUGAAAAAUUUGCAAAAAAGAAAACAACAAAUACACACAUUGGCAAAAUUCACAAAGAAAAUAUAGACAAGAGUGUAGAAAGAAAAAAAUUCAGACAUAUAAACUAAGUGAUAAAUAAUACAUGCAUAAGAGCAAAGUAGUGAAGAAAUGAGAUAAAAAUGAAAUAUUUAUUUAUACAAACGUAGAAAAAAUAGAAAAGAAAAUCCUAAACACUUGUGCAAGUGCAAAGUAAAUGCGAAAGAAAAAUGUGAAUGUUCUGCAGAGCAGAGAAGAGAGCGUAGAGGUCUCGGUAAUUAACAGUGGCGUAGCAAUAGCAGUCGCAGCGCCAACUCAGUCAAAAGAGCGACGCGCAAGAGAGAGCCAGCAAGCUAGUGCGCCGCGGUGUCAUUGAAAGGCUACCACAAUAAUUUAAUACGCUUAAUAAGAAAAGGUGAAACAACAACACGCCAACUGACAAAAGCAUAAUAACAGCAUAGGCCAUAUGUGUGUUGUCCGUAACGUAUACAUAAAGUAUAUUUAUGUACAUGAAACAUUCUAGCAAGUUCAAGUGAUAGCAGCAGUCAAAGUGACAACAGCAAACGUAACGAAACGAAAAUACCGGCGUUCGGACUGCUGCAAACCGAAAGUUAUGUUACUAGCUCUGCUGCGCAACAUUUAUUAUAUGUGUAUACACAAGUAUAUUUAAAUUGGCAGCAUCUUGUCUCCUCCGACCGGUUUCUAUACCUUUUUUCUACAUUGAGGAAUAAGUGAAAAUCGAACGGCGGAAUAGAACGGCUAACGAAAAAAUUGCAAGUGUAGUGUCUGUGUAGAAAUCGGCAACAACGAAAACCAAAGAAACCAAUAAUGCCAAACGAGAGACCAUGAUGUCUCACCAUGAUGGUCGUCAUCUUUGUAUCCCCCAACAAAUCAACGACAAUAGUGCACGUUUAAUACACUUCGUGUAAUCAUUAAUUUAUAUACAUAUAAACAUACAAUAAAAAAACUCGGUUGUUUAACAGUCGAGUACGUGCUGUCAAAAUUUAUCAAAUCCCUACAGCAGUUCAACUGCAAUAAAAGAAAACCGAACGGCAAAUAGAAACACAAAGUAGGCGAGAAAACAAAAGAAAAUCAACAAAAGCAAAAAAAAAUACAUAGUAAUUCUCUUGCUGUCGUGACUAUUGAACUCUCGCAUGCCGAGUGAUUGUGCACUCGUUUGUUUACAAUACAAACAAACAAACAUCGUUUUAGUAUAAUUGUGAUGUGGUUGUUGAUGGUGUUGUCGACGGCGAUUACGACCACGACCAACUAAACGAGCAGCUGUUUCGUGCCGGUUGUUCGUUUGUUGUGUUUAUACCGAUCAGCUGAUUUCUCUUUACCUCGCGACUGACCUAACGACCAAAUAACAGCCAGAACCAGCAGUGUCGUAUCGCUAACGUACAACUGCACAGAGAUACAGAGAGAGUGUAAAAUUAUUUGAUAAUUUGUAUGUAUACAAAAUAUUUGUGCGCGUGUGUGUAUUUUUAUUGGAUUGUGCUGCAUGUCGUCUAAUUGUGCACAUAUGUUGCCCGCUGCUUCGGGCUUUGGUGGCGGUUUAGUUGGCAGCAGCGGUGGCGGCGGCGGCGUCGGUAUCGGCGGUGGUGGCAGUAGUAGUAGUAGCGGUGCAGGCACUUUCACAUAUAUUACAAAUAAUACUGCGGCCACAGUGCAGCCCAUGUUGACCGAAAUGGUUGUAGUGGCCGCGGCAGCCGCAGAGCAACAGCUGCAUCGUCAUCGUUCAAAUUCGAAUUUGAUAACAAGCGGAAAGCCACAACCGUCGACGCCCCGCGGCAAGCGUCGUUGUAUGAGUGCUAAUGUCGCGGCACAACAACAAAUAAUGGGGCAUACAACAACGACAACAACAGUAGCAGCGCCUAUCACGAAACGAAAUCGUAAACUGUUAACAACAGUGGCAGCAACAGCAACAGGAAAAACAACAGUUGAGAGAAUGUCCGCCGGCGCUCAAUUGCAGAUGGCACCACAGACAACUUCGUCGAUAAGCCAUCAUCACCAGACACAACAGCAGCACCAUUUUACUGCAGCCCAUCAUAAUCCGCAACAACAGCAGCAGCAGCAACAACAACAACAAAUUAUAGCUCAACAGCAGCAAAUUACGCCAACACAACAGCAAUUACAACAGUUACAACAGCAACAUAUAACGCAUCAUACGGCACAGCAGCAACAGCAAACACAAUCGCAACAACAAGCGCAACCGUUGCAUUCGUUGCCUAAUCAUCAUCAUCUUCAUCAACAACAGUCACAAAUUCCUCAACAACAUCCACCACACAACCAACAGUUGCCUCAUCAGCAACAGUUGUUGCCUCAGACACAUAGUACACUUGCGCCUCCGCUACAGCAGCAGCCAGCUGCGCUGCAACAUACGCAUAGCGGCGGUCAUAGUAGUAAUCCCGAUUCUAAUAUGAGCACAGGUUCAUCACAUAGUGAAAAAGAUGUUGCCGAUAUGUUAGGUUCUGCAGGCAUUCCCAAUCAAAUAGGUAUAUUGUCCAAUAACGGAGCCCCAGGGGCUAUGAUGAGUAGCAGUGGUAUAGGCCAAGACGUAGCUGGUAUGAUGGGAGGUGGCGCAGGCGUUAGCAGCAAUCAACAGCAACAGCAGCAACAAGUGCAGCACAAUAAUAUGGUUGGUCGUCUAGAAAAACCGUCACGUACACCAACAGAGCGAAAACGUAAAAGGAAAUUUCCUCAUACCGAAGAUAGUGGUGGCGGUGGCGCUGGUAGUGGUACUGGCAGUGGAGGAAAUGGAGGUAAUAAUGCUGGAAAUGCAACAAUUGUUGGCGCCCACAAGGCAUCAAAAUCUUCUAAUAUGAUCGGAACUGGACAGACACUAAGCAAAACAAAUUUAUCAUUGAAUAUAGGUACAUCGGCAGAUCGCUGCAACUUGGCUGGCGGAAAGAAUGCAAGACUAUUGCAACAUGGCAUGGAUAGCAAGAAAAUUAAUGAAUACUUCAAUAAGCACAGUGUACCGAGUAGUGGUGCCACAAAUAGUCCUAUGCGUCAACACACGGGCGGUUCGAAGAGUCCAUCGGCAGGUGGUGGUCAACAGCAACAAACGCCGCAACAGCAAGUACAGAACACUGGCAAUGCUGGCGGUGGCACUAGUACAGGCGCAUAUGGCAUGUAUCCCCCUAGUCCUCAACAACUGAAUCCAGGCGGUGUACAAACACCCACAUCCCAAGCACCACCCGAAUUCCAUUACCAUAGUUCUGUGGCGGUGAAUAACGCUGCAAAACAACAGCGUGUGGCACAACCGCAAACUUCCAAUGCAAUGGUUCCUCCUCAGUCAGCAAUAGUCGGUGUGUUGGCCAACAACAUGGGAGGCUUAGGUGCUGGUGUUGUCGGUGGACCACCCCCUCCUCCUAUGGGUCCGGCGCCGCAGCAACAUAUUCCCGCAACAUCGGUAGUCACGUCGGCGCAGCAAACGCUAACAAGUGGCGUAACCUCGCAGCAGCUAGCCGCUGUGCAGCUAAAUUCACUGCAGCAUGCCGGCAUUAUGCCGGGCGCAAUGGGUGGCAUGCAACCGCCUUUGCAACCGGUACCGGCUAGCACCAUAACAAAGGGCACGCAAACAGAACUCUCCUUUUUGGAGAUCAAAGAGCGUGACUCGGAGAUCGAAUCGAGCAAGUCGAAGCUCGACGAGAUGACAAGACUGUCCGAUGAGCAGAAAUGCCAGAUAAUUGCUCAUCAGAAGCUGAUCGACCAGCACAAGUCGCAAAUAGCCAAGUGCAUUGACGUGGUAAAGAAAUUGCUUAAAGAGAAGAGCAGCAUCGAAAAGAAGGAAGCGAGACAAAAGUGCAUGCAAAAUCGACUGCGUCUUGGUCAAUUUGUGACGCAGCGCGUUGGUGCCACAUUCCAGGAAAAUUGGACAGAUGGCUAUGCUUUUCAUGAGCUUACCCGACGGCAGGAGGAGAUAUCAGCCGAGCGCGAAGAAAUCGACCGUCAAAAGAAGCAGCUGAUGAAAAAGCGGCCUGCGGAAUCGGGACGAAAACGCAACGCCAAUAGUAACAAUAGCCAGCAACAGAAUUCGAACUCCAACGAUUCGACUAACAUUGCUGGUUGUGAUCGUUUGACAGGCGGUGGUGACAGUGGUAUCGGCUCGACUGCUGGAGGUGGUGGUGCUGGUGGCGGCAGUGGUCGCGGUCUCUCACGUUCCAAUUCCACACAGGCCGGCCAAACGCAAUUGCUGCACAAUGGUGGCGGCAGCGGUGUGGGCGGUAGCAGUGGUGUCGGCGAUCGUCUCUCCGAUAGGGGUGGCGGCGGCAGCAGUGGUACCGGCCGUGGUGACAACAGCGGUGGCGGCGAUGCAACGUUCCUUAAACCCGAUCCCGUCUCAGGGGCAUACACAGCGCAAGAAUACUACGAGUACGAUGAGAUAUUGAAGCUGCGGCAAAAUGCGCUCAAGAAAGAAGAUGCCGAUUUACAGCUUGAGAUGGAGAAGUUAGAGCGUGAGCGUAAUCUACAUAUACGCGAAUUGAAGCGGAUAUUGAAUGAAGAUCAGUCUCGCUUCAACAACCAUCCAGUGCUAAAUAAUCGGUAUUUGCUGCUUAUGCUCCUCGGCAAAGGCGGCUUCUCCGAAGUGCACAAAGCAUUUGAUUUGAAAGAGCAACGAUAUGUAGCGUGUAAAGUGCAUCAACUAAACAAAGAUUGGAAGGAAGAUAAAAAGGCCAACUACAUCAAACACGCCUUGCGAGAAUAUAAUAUACACAAGGCUUUGGACCAUCCACGUGUGGUCAAACUGUACGAUGUGUUCGAGAUAGACGCCAAUUCGUUUUGCACAGUGCUCGAAUAUUGUGAUGGUCAUGAUUUAGAUUUCUAUCUAAAACAACAUAAAACUAUACCCGAACGUGAGGCGCGUUCGAUUAUUAUGCAGGUUGUUUCGGCUUUGAAAUAUUUGAAUGAGAUUAAACCACCAGUUAUACAUUAUGACCUGAAACCAGGCAACAUUCUAUUAACUGAGGGCAAUGUGUGUGGUGAGAUUAAGAUCACCGAUUUUGGUUUGUCUAAAGUGAUGGAUGAUGAAAAUUACAAUCCAGACCAUGGCAUGGAUUUGACAUCCCAAGGCGCGGGAACCUAUUGGUAUUUACCGCCCGAAUGUUUUGUUGUUGGUAAGAAUCCCCCGAAAAUCUCAUCGAAAGUCGAUGUUUGGAGUGUUGGUGUUAUUUUCUACCAAUGCCUCUAUGGCAAAAAGCCUUUUGGACACAAUCAGUCGCAGGCCACCAUCCUUGAGGAGAACACAAUUCUCAAAGCCACAGAGGUACAAUUCUCUAAUAAACCAACUGUCUCCAAUGAAGCAAAGAGUUUCAUACGCGGUUGUUUGGCCUAUCGCAAAGAGGAUCGCAUGGAUGUGUUUGCAUUGGCGCGACAUGAAUAUAUACAGCCGCCAAUUCCCAAGCAUGGGCGUGGUCAAUCGCAGUUAACGCAACAGCAGCAGCAGCAACAACAACAGCAGCAACAGCAACAACAACAGCAGCAGCAGCAGUCGACCACUUCACAAGCGAAUUCUGCUGGGCAAACAUCCUUUUCGGCGGGUAUGUUCGGUAAUUUGAAUCAGUCGAGCUCAUCCUAGCUGCAGACCAAACGCAACUCAAAUUCCUAAUUGCUGAUGCUGAUCGCGAGUAAUAAUAAUAAUAACAAAAACAAUAAUAAUAAUAACAGCAGCAACAACAACAACAAUAGCAGUAGUAACCACAACAACAGCAACAUUUAUUGUAGCAGCAAAAGUCGUAAAUAUCAUUUUAAUUGCAACAACAGCAGUAAUAAGAACAAUACCAACAACAACAACAACUACAAUAACAACCAAAAUAAUCACCAUCACAACACUACAUACAACAAUAGCAAUUGCAAUCAAAGUAAUAAUAGCAUUAAAAUGUUAACGUCUGGCGAGCCAAUCGCGUCCAUGGAGCCAACAGUCUUGGAGAAUACGCAAAUUUGCGUCUACACGCAUAGAAAAAACGCAGUAAAUAACACAUCAGCAACAAUUGGUCCAGAGCAUUAUAACAAUAGCAUCACCACCACCAACAACAUCGCCACACAGCCGCAGCGUCAUAUCAAGCGACGACGACAAUGUGUCGCAGCUGGCAGAGAACGAACUAUGGCACAGCAUAGCAGCGGUCGCUGUAACAGCAGCAUUAGCGCAAUUAAUCGUCAACUGAAAGCAACAACGUCGCCCAACAGACAUCAUCAUCAGCAUCAACACUGCCGCAAACAAGACUUGUAAAAAACAACAAGCAAACAAUAAAAACCAAGAAAAAAUCAUGAUGCUCGAUGGCGGCAAGAGUUGUGCGCGAUAAGUGUUGCUGGCUGUAAGUGAUUAUUAGUAAAUACAUAUAUAUUCAAAUGCUUGACUCGGUGACUUUCGUAAAAGCAUAAGUAUCAAAAUUAUUAUAAAAAAAAACCAAGAAAAUGUGAUAAUAUACUUGAAUUUUGUCAAAUGCAAAUGAUAGUGCAGCAAAUGUUAGAUCAGCAGUGCGGCACGCUUGACAUACGCUUGUGUUUGCGACGCUAAAAACGGUAAAUGGAUAGUUGAGAGUCUCAAAUUGCUGAAUGCAUGAACAUUUUUAAUACAUAUAUAAUUUUUUCACUUCAAACUGUGCGCUUACUGCAUUUAGCGUUGCUAAAUUUGUUUAUUGUGUAAGAAAAUUUCAAAAAAUAUGCACGUUUGCAGCAGUCGGCGUAUGAAAAAUAUAUGUGACGUUGGCUUCAAGAUGGUUAGAGUAAAAAAAAACACGAUCGAUAAAAAGUUUUUACUAAAAACAUUCGUCAAAUAGUCGUUUGAAUGCUAUCGGGAAAAAUGCAUGUUUACUUGCGUUAAAUUUUCAUUUUGUUGUGCUAUUUUAUAUAUAGAAAUCGUUAUAUAAAAGCCUUGAAAUGCCUUUGAAAUGCCAAACGGUUUGCAUUUUUGUUUUAAAAUAGCUUAUUAAGUUUCCUUUUUUUCUUACAAAUAAGUUGCAAAACAUUGUACAGUAAUAUUAACUAAAUGAUUAAACAGUUGAGCUUUCGCGCGGUGUUGCGGUGGUGUGUUGUACACGCGAAUCGGUAUUAAUUUGUAUGUAACAAUAGGCGUUGGUUUUUUCCACGAAUUUCAUUAUUUCAUUACAAAUUUUGACAAUUUUCGAAUAUCGAAAAGUUAGAAAAUGAUUUCAUUUUGUUCUUAGUUAUGUUACAUAAACGCGAUUACGACACACUACGUCGCUGUGAGCACGCAAUAGAUGCCAGACUAAAUAAUGUGCACUAAAAUUCGAUAAUAAAUUUAAAAAAAGUGCACGAAGCAAGCGAAGCGUUGGAAUCAAAUCAUAGAAAUUCAAGUAUAACAAACGUAUAGCAGAAGAUAUCAGUAGCAUUUGCGGUAAUGCCUAGGUUAAGCUAUGGAAUGCAUGAGUUCCAAAAAAAAAAAUUGUAUAUUGUUGAGAAACGGUGCGAAUACGUUCAGAGAGAAAUGAUGAAGAAAACAGAAUUCAAAA